UUCCGCGGUGGCCGCAGCGGCGGUGGCGGCCGCGGUGGUGGCGGGCGCCUCUCGGGGUAUGGUCCCCGGGUCGGAGGGCCCGGCCCGCGCCGGGGGUCUCGUGGCUGACGUGGUGUUUGUGAUCGAGGGCACGGCCAACUUGGGGCCCUACUUCGAGGCCCUCCGCAAGCACUACCUGCUGCCGGCCAUCGAGUACUUUAACGGUGGUCCUCCUGCCGAGACGGACUUCGGGGGAGACUAUGGAGGGACCCAGUACAGCCUCGUGGUGUUCAACACGGUGGACUGCGCUCCCGAGUCCUACGUACAGUGUCACGCUCCAACCAGCAGCGCCUACGAGUUUGUCACCUGGCUCGAUGGCAUUAAGUUCAUGGGCGGGGGUGGCGAGAGCUGCAGCCUCAUCGCCGAAGGCCUCAGCACAGCCCUGCAGCUGUUUGACGACUUCAAGAAGAUGCGGGAGCAGAUUGGCCAGACGCACCGCGUCUGUCUCCUUAUCUGCAACUCGCCCCCGUACCUGCUGCCUGCCGUCGAGAGCACCACCUACUCGGGGUACACCACGGAGAGUCUCGUGCAGAAGAUAGGGGAGCAGGGGAUCCACUUCUCCAUUGUGUCCCCCCGCAAGCUGCCGGCCCUGCGGCUUCUGUUUGAGAAGGCAGCGCCCCCAGCCUUGUUGGAGCCGCUGCAGCCGCCCUCGGACGUGAGCCAGGACCCGAGGCACAUGGUGCUGGUGCGGGGGCUCGUGCUGCCAGUCGGGGGUGGCUCAGCCCCAGGUCCCCUCCAGCCAAAGCAGCCUGUCCCUCUGCCUCCAGCUCCACCCUCGGGUGCCACGCUCUCAGCAGCCCCCCAGCAGCCUCUGCCUCCCGUCCCCCAGCAGUACCAGGUGCCAGGGAACCUGAGCGCAGCGCAGGUGGCGGCCCAGAACGCGGUGGAGGCUGCCAAGAACCAGAAGGCUGGGCUGGGCCCGCGCUUCUCGCCCAUCAACCCCCUCCAGCAAGCCGCGUCAGGGGUGGGGCCCCCCUUCAGCCAGGCUGCAACUCCCCAGCUGACCCCUGGACCCCCGGGUGCCCCUAAGCCGCCCCCUGCAUCCCAGCCCAGUCUGGUCUCCACAGUGGCCCCUGGCCCAGGCCUGGCUCCCCCGUCGCAGCCUGGGGCGCCACCCAUGACGGGCACGGUGGCCGCAGGAGGGGUGAGUGGGCCGUCCCCAGCCCAGCUAGGGGCCCCAGCCCUCGGGGGGCAGCAGUCAGUCUCCAACAAGCUCCUGGCCUGGAGCGGGGUCCUCGAGUGGCAGGAGAAGCCCAAGCCCGCCUCCGUGGAUGCCAACACCAAGCUGACCCGGUCCCUGCCCUGCCAGGUCUAUGUGAACCACGGCGAGAACCUGAAGACGGAGCAGUGGCCCCAGAAGCUGAUCAUGCAGCUCAUCCCGCAGCAGCUGCUGACCACCCUGGGCCCCCUGUUCCGGAACUCGAGGAUGGUCCAGUUCCACUUCACCAACAAGGACCUGGAGUCGCUCAAGGGCCUCUACCGCAUCAUGGGCAACGGCUUCGCCGGCUGCGUGCACUUCCCGCACACGGCGCCGUGCGAGGUGCGCGUGCUCAUGCUGCUGUACUCGUCCAAGAAGAAGAUCUUCAUGGGCCUCAUCCCCUACGACCAGAGCGGCUUCGUCAAUGGCAUCCGGCAGGUCAUCACCAACCACAAGCAGGUCCAGCAGCAGAAGCUGGAGCAGCAGCAGCGGGGGAUGGGGGCACAGCAGGCACCCCCUGGCCUGGGCCCCAUUCUGGAGGACCAGACGAGGCCCUCACAGAAUCUGCUCCAGCUCCGCCCACCGCAGCCCCAGCCUCAGGGCACCGUGGGGGCCUCUGCAGCUUCAGGGCAGCCCCAGCCCCAAAGUGCUGCCCAGGCGCCCCCAGGCGGCCCCCAAGGCCCUCCUGGAGCAGCCCCUGGCCCACCCCCUCCCGGACCCAUCCUGCGGCCCCAGAACCCUGGGGCCAACCCCCAGCUGCGGAGCCUCCUCCUCAACCCCCCUCCGCCCCAGACGGGGGUACCUCCCCCCCAGGCCUCCCUCCACCACUUGCAGCCACCAGGGGCCCCUGCCCUGCUACCCCCACCGCACCAGGGCCUGGGGCAGCCGCAGCUGGGGCCUCCCCUCCUGCACCCGCCGCCCACCCAGCCUUGGCCUGCUCAGCUUCCCCCACGGGCGCCGCUGCCAGUGGCAAAACGAAAGCGAGAACGAGAGGGCAGCGCGUUUCGAGAGAAGUGGGAGCGAGCCUACUUCUUUGUGGAAGUGAAGAGCCUGCCCACGUGUCUCAUAUGCAAAAAAAUCGUGUCUGUGCUGAAAGAGUACAACCUGAGGCGCCACUAUGAGUCCAAGCACAGCAAGAGCUACGACCAGUACACGGAGCAGACGCGGGACGCCAUCCUCAGCGAGCUGAAGAAGGGGCUCAAGUGUCAGUAGGGGAGGCUCGCCCUUCCGGAGAGACGCGGGAGGAAGUUUCUGGGCAUUAGAAACCUAUGGACGGCGAGUUUAGAAAGGAGAGGAAAGACACGCCCUGAGCAAAAACGCCUCUUAGACCGUGACUUCGGGCUCCCGGCCUUCGCGUCCCAGGCGGGGGCCAAGAGAAAUGGAGUUUCCCGGUUGCUUGAAAGAGUCGAAUCCUUCGUGGCCUUUUCUCGCUGCUUGUGACCUGUCGCCGCCCGGUUAGCUUUAUUUAUUUGUGCUGUGAGACGUUUGAUGUGACUGAGGAAGCCUGGGAGGCGGGGCUGAGGCCGGGGCAGGUCACCCCGGGGGAGGAGGCACCUCACGCAGCAGGAGAACCGUGAGCGGGUCAGCACCACAGCCAAGGCCGCAGCCCCGGGGCGAGGAGAGGUCGGCUCGCCCAGUCCCUCCCCAGGAAUUUAGCGGAGCAAGGAAAUGAAAUGGAGGCCCCCAGAAACACCCAGCACACGCCCCUGCCCUUCAGCCUCCGCGGUUGACGGUGACCUGGACCCCUGGCCCCGGGUAGCUGACCAGUGUCUGGCCUGCAUGUCCCGGGAUGGGGUGGAAGAAUUCCGCUGACAUCAGGCUCCCGGUUCAUUGCGCGUGAGUGAAAACCCCCCCUGGGCUCCCCCGCGUAGGUCAGUCAGAGCCUCGGUCAAGGUGGUGACCCUUCUGAACACUCAUUUUUCUGCAAAGACUUUCACAAACAGCUACUUGAAUGUAUGAUCCUAUUGGACAAAAGUGGGGGAGCCAUGGGUGAGGAGCACCCGGAUUCCCUUUCCUUGCUGCAACACGAACUGAUUUCCCCCAGAUUGUGGGGUGAAGGACCGUGUUCCCCCACCCCCAAAGGCUUCCUCCAGCCAGACUGUGAACAUGAACUAACACUGUCCCGUCGGCCCCAGCGGGUCCACGUCAACCACGUGAAUGCAGACCACAAACAGCAGUUUCUGAACUCCAGUGCAAUAGGGGGCUGGGUCCCCAGCGUGAUUCUGCUGGGAGCGCAGAACCCUGAGUUGCCUCAGCAGUUGUCCUGAACCCCCGUGUUGGGAGGCCCCGCGCCUGUGAACAGCUGUUUUCCGUUACAAAACUGAAUCAAAUUCAAUCCCGCUCCCGGUGCCGGUGCCGGAGGCGAGGUCAGAUUCUAAGGGCACAUCCCACCGUGCCCCGCCGGGGCGGGGGUGACGUUGGCAUCUCCGCACCAGAAGGGUGGGCGUCAGCCUUCCGGCCUGAAGGCAGAGGAGCGGAAAGAAUUCCAAAAGAGAAAAAUUUUAAUAAUUAAAUAUUUCUAUUUUUCAAUUUGUAUUUUUUCAAUUUUGACUUUGAAAUAUAAACGCCAGUAUCCUACCUGUUUGUAUUCUGUUCCGUGCAUUCACUGUAGUUCAGUAAAGAUGCAAUUUGAUGAUAUCUCUGGCCCUCGACUUUUCUUAUACCUGGCUCCUUCACCCAUUUGUGUGACCCGCCUGGCUCCUGUAGGCAUUUGAGUUUGCCGGCCCUGCCCUCCAGCUGUCGACAGGAAAAGGAGGGUGGCUGGGGAUGGGCGUUUUCUACACGCCCGGCGGUGAUUGUCGUGAAAAUGAUGAAAAACGGAGCUGGUGGCGGUGGAGGAAGUGAGAGCAAAUGGGUGAGGUGUCCCAGGCAGGCGUUUAGCAGGAGUUUUUCAAAACUCAGAUGACUUCAGGGACCAGGCAGGUGAUGGAAAUGCGUGACACGGACGGGUGUAAGACGUCAGGGCAUGAUGGGGACUGUGGCGAACUUGGAGAGCGCUUGCCCCGCGCAAUGGCAUUCAAAUUACCACCAAAACACACUGUGAGGACCAAACAAAAUCUGCUUGUGGGUCUCAUGAGGCCCCCGGACCGCCAUCUUGCGACCUCUGGAAG